AUGAAUAGAACUUUGAAAGUCGGUAAUGAGGAGACAAUACACCAGAUUGUUGAAAAAGUUCUUUGGGAAAAUGUAGAAAAACUUUCCAAGUUAUAUUAUGAUGAAUUUAUUCAGACGUGUAUAUGGAGGCCUAAAAAGGAAGGUAAGCAGGGGAAUAUUCCCGUAGAACGGUUUGUUUCGCGAAUGGAGGCUAAGUAUUCUCGUGAAGUAUUGGAAAAUCAACAGCUAAUAAAGAAGGGUUUACCCGCUAACGAAUAUCUAUAUAAAGCUCCCAAACCCGGUGAAAGAUUUAGUUACAUUGUAGUAGUACUUGAAGAGAUUUAUAAUAACUGCGGGAAAAAAAUACCACAACAAAAAGGGGACUGUAUGGAAUACCCAGAUGUG